AUAAAAAAUGAAAAUGGAAGAAUUCUCACCUCCAACUUCACCGAAUAAUCACGUAAUCGUGCAGGCGAACCCGCAAAUCGCCGCCGCUCUCUCCACGAAUUCUCCAAUGCAGCAGGGAAUUCCGCCACAAGGCCAUCAGAAUCCCAACGAACAGCAGCAGCAGCAGCAGUUUGUGGGCCAACCGCCGAUGGGUGGAAUGGGCGGCCCGAUGAGAAUGCAGAUGCCACAGCAGCAAAUCCGCCAAAUGCCAUACCCAUCACCACAAAUGCGUGCGGGCCCUCCACCACCACAGCAGCAGCAGCAGCAACACUUUCAACAAAUGGGUAUUCCACAACAGCAGCAGCCCCAACAAUUCACACCGAAUGGGCAAUCAAUGCAAAUGCAACAGAGACCAAUGCAGAUGGGCAUGGCUCAAGGGCCAGGACCAUCUGGACAUUUAAUGGGAAUGGUCGGAGGGCCUCCGCCACAACAUAUGAUGCAGCAGCAAGGAGGUGGUGGACCACCACAAUUUGUGCCAAACUCGUCUCCAAUGCCGCUGCCUCCUCAACAAAUUAUGCAAGUACAACAUCAGCAGCAACAUCAGCAGCCACCACCAUCUCAACAAAUUCAACAGCCUCCAAUUCCACAGCCACAACAGCAACAGGCACCGCCACCUCAAAUGAUACCGGCCGCUGUUCCGUAUGGAAGUAUUAUGGAAAAGUCAAAACUGGAUGAUUUGAUGCAACAAAUCAGCUCAACAACAGUACUCGAAGAAAAUGUAAAAGAUGUUCUUGUGGAGUACGCCGACGAUUUUGUCAGUUCUCUAAUCGAUAAAGCAUGCAAAAUGAUCAAGAAUCGGGAGGUGAAGAAAAUUGAAUCACGGGAUAUCGAAUUUAUUCUCAAGAAUGUCUAUAAUAUGCCAGUGGUUCCACGCGCUGCUUCGCACAAUUUUGGGUCUCAAACGGAAGUUAUUGAUUUAUCGAAGGAAAAGUUUGUUCCAACGGAAGCACACAAGCAACGGGUUGCUCUACUCAAGAAACAAAUCAAGAAACUUUAAAAAUUAAUUUUUUUUUGUUUUAAUUUUAAUUUUCCAUUCAAAAACCUCCUUUUCUCCGGGUCUUCCACGAUGAAUUUCCUCUUUUU